CGCGCCGCGUUGGUUCGCCAGUGUACUUGGUACUUGGUAGUCAGACGUCAGUUGCAGUUUGCCGGGUCACGCGUACGUCUGCGCCGCACCGCCGUCCGGUCGAACAAUCGCUUUUCGUUUGAAUAUAAUAUUUAUAUUGUACAUCACACUGAUUUGCCAUCGUUUCGUUUUCUACACAAUAUAAACAGAGUCUGGUGGCAUAUUUAGCGAUUUCGUAGUCAAAAAUCCUACCUAUACUCUAUAAUAUUAUAAUUUAUAUGCAUAUUUUUCCCGCCGGACGGUAACAUAGUAAUAAUAUUAUAUACAACUUCCCGCGCCGAGCAUUUUCCCCCAACGGCCAACACACUUUAUCCGUCAAGAUGGGUGACUGCGGCGAUGCUGAGGACGAGUUUGAAGACGCUCUGGAGGUGAUUCCGGCGCACUGUAAAAUGGACUUGAAUACGGCUUUAUCGGAUUCAAAAAUUGCUAUACAUUUGUUUUUCAACAAUAAAUUCGACGAGGCUCAACAUAUAUUGGAACCAUGGGUUGGAACGAGCAUGUAUCACACCAUUGGGAGAUCAAUUUUUCUGUUUCUAGAAGCUUUACUCACAUUUGAACAGGCGAGCAUACAGAAAGCGUCCGCGGCGCUGAAAUCCAGUAUCCGUUUGUGCAAUUCGUAUCGCAGAAAAACCACUCUGACGCAGUCCAUCGGGAACAUAAUGAAAAAGCCUAACUACGACUCGUACACGCCGGACGAGUUGCACGCCGAACUGUGUUUUGCAGAAGCACUGUUACUCAAAGCGCUGUUGACAUUCAUCGAGGAUGAGACGUUAGUCAGUUUCAUCCGCGCUGGCAUUAAAAUACGAUCUUGCUACAAUUCGUACAAAGAAUGUAAUGUCAUACUUACCUCGCGCGCGUGGUCCGAAAACGAGAAGUCUUACAAAGAGCAUUUCGAGAGCGGUGUGCGCCUAGGUAUUGGCGCUUUUAAUCUGAUGAUUUCGUUACUGCCAUCAAAAAUAAUCAAACUACUGGAAUUCAUCGGUUUUUCCGGGAGCAAAGAACAGGGCCUCGGCGAACUUGAAUUGUGUUACCAGGUGCCACAUGGACUGCGGCACGUCCUGUGCGUGCUAACCAUGCUCACAUACCACCUGGUCGUGGUGUACGUUUUCAGUCAGGAGGAGGGUGACUUGGAGUUUUGCGACGCAGCGCUGCGCCAACAGCUGACGCUGUAUCCCAACGGCGCUUGGUUCUUGUACUUUAAAGGGCGCCUGGAGUUUAUGCGUGGUGACGUAGACGACGCGAUCAAGUGGUACACGGCUUCGGUGGAGUCCCAAGACUCGUGGCCGCAAUUCCAUCACAUAUGUUACUGGGAACUGUGCUGGGCUAAUUGCGUUGCCUUAAACUGGAAACGGGCAGAAAUGUACGCAGCCAAAUUGGCCGAGCAGAGCAAGUGGUCACGCACUACAUACAACUACCAGCGCGCAUGCAUUAUGCUCAUGCGAGGAUACAAUUGUCUCUCCCGCGAUGAGCUCAAUACGGUCAACCAGCUAAUGGCCGAUGUGCCCAAAUACAAACAGAGGAUCGCGGGGAAAUCGUUACCAAUGGAAAAAUUUGCCGUGAAGAGAUCUCUAAGGUUUACCAAUCAGAACAACCGGCUGUUCAUGCCCGCCAUUGAAUUGCUGUACUUGUGGAACUUGUUCAACGUGUUCGGAAAACGCAAGUCAUUGUGCGACAAUUUGUACAGGCUCAUUGACAGAAACACAAAAGAUCUUGAAAAAAAUCCUGGGCAAUAUGGCAGCGAAUACGAGUAUGACAACAAGGCACUCGGGUGUCUGCUGAAAGGAGUGUGCCUGCGCAUUAUGAACAGCCCGCUGCACGCAGAAGAGUGUCUCAAGUCCGUCGUGUCAAUGGAGAAGAAAAUCAAAGAGGACCGUUUCCUGGUGCCAUACGCGCACGUGGAGCUGGCAUUUUUGUACAAAUCCAAAGGCAACCUGGAAAAGGCGGCGUAUUACCUCGAAACGGCAAAAAAAAAUUACUCUGGUUAUUCGCUGGAGACGAGACUGCAUUUUCAAAUCCAUUGUGCCUGGGCCACGUUGAACGAGCACAAAGCCAAAAUCACAACAGACCACAACGAUCUCGCACCCGACAGUCAAUUCGACGACAACCAAUGAGAAAACCAUCAAAUUACAUCUACCCUAUAUUAUUAUUAUUGUUAUUGUUGAACAUCGUCAUUAUCGGCUGAACGUUCAUAUUUUAGUUGUUUGCGUUGUGCGAUAUAAUAUUAUAAUAUUACUGAUAGACAAAAUAGGUAAUACAUAGUCCCUACACGCCAGUCGUGUUUAGCGUGUGGUUAGUUUUUAAUUUUAUAUUAUUAUAUUUCUGAUAAAUUAAUAUUUCCACAAAUGAAAAAGAAAAGACUUUAAUCGACACAUUCCCGUACGAAACCCUCAAACCACCCUCCCCCGCCAACACCAACAACUCACGUCAUCGCGGUGACAUCAAAUAUUAGUUAUUUACAUUUUUUGGUGGUUUCGGCACAUUAGCUCCGUUUUUCGUAUUGCAGGCAGCUGUAGAUUCUCUUUUUUUUUCUUGAAUCCAAUUUCCACUAAACGACGAAACUAUAUUUGCAAAAUAAAAUGACGUAUCUAUAAAUUACGGUCUGUAUUAAAUGCCACUUAUUGACAGCUAAUGAUAUUAUAAUUUGAUUUCAAAAACACCACAGGUCAAGGUCAUCGUGUAAAUAAUAUUUUGAUAAAAUCGAUAAAAAGACAUUUUAUUAUUAAUUACUGUGAGCCUAAGAUUUUGUAGUAAAUGCUUUUUUUGUAAAGGGGAGUGUGCUAAAAAGGUAAUUAUAAUAAAUAAUGUAUCCGUUUCGUAUCAUUCUGAUUGCACCCUAAAUAUACUUUUUUGCUCGUAUUUGAAUAAUUUUCAUAAAAUUACAUAUAUUUUUUUGUUUAAUACAAACAAUAUAUUAGCCAAGUUAUACCUACUAAAUUAUAACCAGAAAUUGUUAAAAUUUUCCCAUUUCGUUGUCGAAAUUAUUUUGUCUGUCAUCGAGAUAAUGUAUAAAAAGGUAUAGCUAGUAAAACAACUAUCGGAAUACAGGUUAUUGUAGUUAUAUAAAAAUUACCGUUUUAACUUUUGGAAAAAGACAAAAUAAUUAGAAUUUUUGUAUUUUUCAAACUUAAAUUAAAUAAAUGUUUUUCUUGAAUUUUUAUUUUACUACAAAAUACGAACCCUAUUUAUUAGUAAUACUGUACAAAGAAAUUAUUAAAAAAACGUAAAAUAACCUACGUUAAAAUAAACCGUGGUCGUUACUCGUUACCGUCAUUUUCAUCACAUAACAAGCCAUAACUGAAGGUCUCAUUAGUGAUUAUUAUAUAUGCAGUCUUUAUAUUUUACAGAUUUGUUAUAGGCAUUUAUUGACGCAUUUGUAACAAAAAUAACAUCAUUUAACUAGUAUGUGAUCGUUCCUUUUGGAUAUUAAUAUUUUUAGCUAGGAAUAUAUUAUAAUAAUUAAAUAAAUUAUUAAGUAGGUACCUAUCAAAAAUUAUCUUCUAAAAAAUCAAUCUUAAAACCUUUACCAAGCUAUUGCUAUAAAAAUUACUCCAGCUGAGACCCAAUUGAUCUUACAGCAUCUAAAUAUAUGGGACGCAGCCAAUGUUUCCAAUACCAAAUGUAUCCAGAAAUUCCAAUCCAAAGUCCUUCAAAUUAUAUCAAAAACCCAAUUCUAUGCGUUUUUUAACUAGGAUUUUAAAAUAUCCACUAUCAAAAAAUCUCUAUUUUAAGCGCUCUAUCGCCUAACGCACCACCCUAACUCUCUUAACAUCCAAGACCCAACUCCCAAACGUACUUUGUAACAGAGGAUUGAGGGUCAAAAGUAGGAAAUUGAGUAUCCAUUAUUAUAACAUAUAAAAAAUUUCGCAACAUUAAAAAUGUAAUUUACGUGGUGUAAAGAGUGGGUAAUUUAUAGGUACUAUGUGAAAGAAAACAUUCCUAUAUCGACAUUAAUUUAUUGCACAUUAUUCGAAAGAUUAUAUUUUAGAUUUAGAGUGGUUAUAUUGGUUAAAUUUGGUUGACAUGGUGGUGGUGGUGGUGGGGGGGGGGGGGGAGACCACCGUGUACGAAAAUUAUUUUACUCGUUUUUUUAUUUGCCAUUGACCAUUGUUGUUAUUGUUGUUUAAUACCAUUUAGACAAAAUAGAUAUUAUAUUUAGGUACCUAUACCUAUUGGCUAUUACCUAUAGGUACAUUGUUAGGAAUUGUUUUUUUUUUUUAAUUUGUAUCUUUAUGUUAUUAGUGGCUAAGUAGCUAUUAUAGUUUUUAUUGUAUCAUGUUUAAUUUAGUUUUUAUAUAUUAUUAUUACAUUUUCAUGACUGUUUGAAAUUAAAUAUUAUAGUACUUACCUACCUAAUUAUUACGUUUCUGAAAUUUAUGGAUUAAAAGUCAAAUUUUAUUGAACGAAAUAUAAAAAAAACAUAUUAUAUAUAAAAUUCUUAGUUUACUUGUUAUAGUUUUUAAAUGUGAUCAGAAAUGACACAUAUAAAUUACAAAAUGUAUAAUAUAUACCUAUUGAACUUUUCAUAAUAUAAAUAGCUCAAAAAUAUUUUAAAAAUUAUAUCAUGUUUAGAAAAUACUAAUAGGUAGAUAUACAAUUAUUGAGGACAAUUUCAAAAAUCUAAGAUUUCAUUAUUUUUAAUAACAACGAAAAAACUACAAAAAAAAAUCGAUUUAAUCGAAAACUUCCCUAAAUAUUCCCAUUUUUCCAUUUUAUUAUAGUAUGUAUUCUCUCUGUGAUUCUGUGUGGUUUUGUAACAAAAUGGUUAUAGAAAAUACUAAUAGGUAGAUAUACAAUUAUUGAGGACAAUUUCAAAAAUCUAAGGUUUCAUUAUUUUUAAUAACAACGAAAAAACUACAAAAAAAAAUCGAUUUAAUCGAAAACUUCCCUAAAUAUUCCCAUUUUUCCAUUUUAUUAUAGUAUGUAUUCUCUCUGUGAUUCUGUGUGGUUUUGUAACAAAAUGGUUAUAGAAUGGUAUGUUUCACUAAAAUAAUAUAUAUGGAUACAAAUUUAAAAUAUGAAAUCUGCCAGUUAUCGUAACUGGUAACUUACCUAACUCAGUUCAAGUUAAGGAUGUGUGCAUCCUACACGGCAGGUGUACAAAUAAUUGUCUGGAUGGUGGUGAUAAACGGGUGUUUCCUGACUGUGGAUCGACGAAAACUGGUCCCCACCGACUACGUUUCUUGAGUAUAGGUUUAACAUUAAAAUUAAUAUUUUAAAGACAAUAUUGUUUGAAACGAAAUAAUUAAUUCUUAAAAUGAAUUAUUAAUAAUACAUUAAUAUAGUAUAAUAAUUUGUCGUGUGUUCGGAUUCUAGGUCCCUUCCAACAUAACCAUUUUGUAAUGUUCAAUGUUAGAAUAAGUUUUAUAUUUCAUUAACAUUUCAAUAUUUCAAAUAUAAUAUUACAUAAUUGCACUAUUAACAUUUGAAGUUCAAUAUUAUAAUAUCAAUGUUUCAAUAUUUGAUUAUAAAUAUUUAAAAGACAUUUUAGUAUUAAUACUUGUGUAACGUUUACAAUCUAUUAUUUUUUAAAUAUCAAAAGCACGGAAUUUAAAGAACGUUAUUUAAUAUUAACUUUUUAAACAUUUGAAUUACAUUUAUAUAUAACAUUAAUAGUGAUCACUUCCAACAUAUUACAAUAUAAAUGUUAUAAGUUAGGCCGUACCUGGGAAGGGGGAGGGGGGUUGAACCGCCCCCUCCGACAUUUUUUCGUGUUUUGCAUUAGUAAAAUAACUAUUUAAGUCUAGAAUAAUCGAUAAACAUUGAUAUAUAUAAAUACGUAUAUUUACGAAUGACAGCUAUGGUCUACGUUAUAAACAAUAAACUUAUAAAUUACAAUAGGUAGGUACCUGAUAAAUUCGCUUCGGGUGUAUCAGCCGGAUUACUUGACAAUAUUAUACAUAGGUACAAGAGCGUCCGCAGGGAGGAGGGGGUGGGAAAGUAGUGGCAGUUUCCCCCCUUGACUUUUUCUGGGUGGAUUAUCAUAAUUAUUGAUAGUUGUAAUGGCCUAAAAAAACUUUAAAAUUCCAUAACAAUUCUAAAUAGUGCACUAAAUUAUUUUUAUUUUUAAUAUAAAAAAGGUGGGUAAGUGGAUGUCGCACUGUUGUACAGUAGGUUACAAAUGGGUCAUUGUAAUGGAUGGUGUUAAAUUUGAAUUCAAUGAUAUAAUAUCAUUGUAUAAGAAAAACGAUUCUGAGCGAAAACGGUCUGUCAGCCUAUGAUAUAACUAAGUAUAUUUGAUGAUAUUAUUGUGAAUAAAGUAAUUUAUAUAUUUACUUAUUUA